UGACGGAUGGAAAUGGAGUGUGAGGGGGCGGGGUGCAGCAGGAGGGAGCAGAGAUGUUUGGAGGCUUUUUUUUAAUAUAAAAUUAUUUAUUUAAAUAAAAAUGGCCGCCGUGGAGAGCGGAGAGGAGAGACUGGAGGAGGGUCAGGAGGGAGGGGAGGGGCCUGUCAACCCUCGCUCUCCCAGCAGAGAGAGAGACAGGUCCCACAGUAAGACCAAGAAGGGUCGCAGAGAGCGCCGUCAUGCCGACCUGGGGGCUGAAUCCACGGCCACGCCCACAUCAGCUGCACGACAGCCACAACUGGAGGCACAGGUGUCAGAGCCACAGGCCGGCCCCUCAGAGGAGGCGGGGUCAGAGUCUAUGGCCGACAGUGAGUCAGCAGGUUCUCCCAGGCAGCGGCGCUCCAUCAUCCGGGACCGUGGGCCGCUGUACGAUGACCCCUCACUGCCUGAAGGCUGGACUCGCAAACUCAAACAGAGGAAGUCCGGACGCUCGGCGGGGAAAUUUGAUGUUUACCUGAUCAACUCGGAGGGAAAGGCUUUUCGUUCCAAGGUGGAACUCAUCGCCUAUUUCCAGAAGGUGGGUGACACGACUACUGACCCCAACGAUUUUGAUUUCACUGUCACCGGACGUGGAAGCCCCUCCCGCCGCGAAAAGCGUCCCCCAAAGAAACCAAAGGUGGUAAAACCAUCAGGUCGAGGCCGUGGUCGGCCCAAAGGCAGCGGGAAGAUGCGUCAGGCCACGGAGGGUGUAGCCAUGAAACGCGUGGUCGAGAAAACCCCGGGCAAACUGCUGGUCAAGAUGCCCUUCAGCAAGGCAGAGCCCUCCACCGGCUCCACCUCCACUGCCUCAAAGGUGGUGUCGCCUGCCCUCGUGCCCAAGUCUCGUCCUGGCAGAAAGAGGAAAUCAGAACAGGAAGUUCCAGUGCCACCACAGACCGCCCCCAAGAAACGAGGCAGGAAACCAACCUCGGCCUCAGUGGCAUCACCUGUUGCCACAGCAUCCACCUCCUCAGCAUCGACCGCCGGUAGCUCUGCCGCCGGAAGCUACGCUGCAGCCGCCAUCUUAGCUGCAGAGGCCAAACGGAGAGCAGCCAAGGAGUCUUCCACCAAACCUGUGGUCCAGGAAACCGCCCUGCCAAUCAAGAAACGCAAAACAAGAGAGACAGUGGAAGAGAGGGAGAGUGUCCAGACUCCCACUGCUCCUACAGUGGAGAGUGAAAGAAUGGUCACUGCGGAGGGGGAGGGAGACAAAGGGGAGGGUGUUCCUACCUCAGAGACUAAGCCCGCCCCCUCUGAGCAGAGCCAGUCACAGACACACCCCACGGCGUCAGACGAAUCACAUGGACACAAGACACAUAAAGGGAGGAAGCACAAGGAGAAGACAGGAACAGCAACCGCAGAGGGAGGACGAGGAGAGGAAGCGGAGGAAGAUGUAGGCGAUAAGGGAGCAGAAGGUGGAGGAGGACGGAGUAGCAGCAGCAGCAGUAGCAUUAGCCCGUCAAAGAGACACAAAAGGAAGGACAGACCGCCCCACAAGCACCAUCAUCACCACCACCACCAUCACCACCAUCAUCGCCACCAACAUUCCUCUGCUUCCUCAGAGGAUCAGCCUCCUCUCCCUCCAGCCUCUGGACCCUCUGGACCCUCUGGACCCUCUGGACCCUCUGCACCCUCUGCACCCUCUGGACCUUCAGAACCCUCGAACCAGUCCAAGCCUGAAGCUGAGCCCCAGACAGGGCCUCAGCUCAGCCCCCAGCACUCCCAGCAAACACCUCCCAAUCCACAGUCCAAGUCUGCGACUCAGUCCUCACCCGAAUCCCGACGACAUGCCCCCUCUCAACCACGCCACCUCAUCCAACCCCGUUCCCUUCAGCAUCCCCAGAACCAGUCACCCUCCCAGCCCCAGGCCCAGUCUCGGUACUCAGCACCCCAGCCCUCUCCUACCAGGCAUGACCCGCCCCAGCCAAGGCCCCUGUCCCAGUCCCAGGGUCAGACCCAGUCAUCCCCCCAGAAAGCCCAGUCAAAGCCGGCCCACUCCCCAGCUCAGCACCAAACCCAGAUCCAGGCUCAGCAUGCUCCAUCUCAGCCACACCCUCCUCAGUCCACAUCAACCCUGCAGGUUCAUCCGCCCCAAACAAGGCACCCACAUCUGCAAACCCAGUUCCCCACAGCACUCCAGACCCAGACCCAGCACAGGCAUCCAUCCCAAACCCAACCCCAGCUCAAACAAUCUCAACUGGAGAUCCGACAGUCACUUCAGCCUCAACCGCAGUCCAGAACCCCAGCCCAAAUUCAGCCUCAACCGCAGUCCAGAACCCCAGCCCAAAUUCAGACUCAACCGCAGUCCAGAACCCCAGCCCAAAUUCAGACUCAACCCCAGUCCAGAACCCCAGCCCAAAUUCAGACUCAACCCCAGUCUAGGCCCCCAGCCCAAAUUCAGACUCAACCCCAAGCCAGAACCCAACUUCAGACUCAACUCCAGUCUAGGACCCAACUUCAGACUCAACCCCAAGCCAGAACCCAACAGCAAACUCAACCUCAGUCUAGGACCCAAGCCCAACUUCAGCCUCAACACCAAGCCAGGACUCAACUUCAGACUCAACCCCAGUCCAGGACCCCAACCCAACUUCCAACUCAACCUCAGUCUAGGACCCAAGCCCAAUUUCAGUCUCAACUCCAAGCCAGGACCCAACUUCAGCCUCAACCCCAAGCCAGGACCCAACAGCAGACUCAAUCUCUAUCCAGAAUCCCAGGCCAACUCCCGCCUCAAAUGCAAUCCCGAACUCCUGCCCAAACUCAGCCUGAAGCCCAGUCCAGAACCCCUGCCCAGCCUCAACCUCACCUGCAACCCAGGCAUCAGGUGCAGUCCCAACCGCAGACAAGACACCUUCAACAACAUCAACCCCAGACUCAAUACAGACCCCAAUCCAGACAGUCAUCUUCCCAGCCGAGACCAUCACAGUCCCAACCCCAGUCCCAAGCACAACCACACUUUCAGCGUAUUCAAAUUCAGCCGCGCCCCCGAUCGCUACAGCCCUCUCAACUUACCAGGCCCAGCCUGCAGCACAUUUCAUCCCACCGCCCAUCUCCCAGCCUAUCCAGGACCAACCUGGUCCCUCUUUUGCAGAACCAGAGUGAGCAGCCCCAAGAUCUGAGCACAUCACGGCCUGGUCGAGGGAGCCUGCUGCCAAAUCGAGAGGCCGCCCUGGAAGGCGUCAGGGCCCAGGGGAGAGGGGAGCUGGUGGUAGCAUCAGAAAGUAGGGAGGUCGUAGCAGGUGAAAGGGGGUCAAACAACACCCCAAGGUCCAUGCCUUCUGGAUCUCCAGCAGUGGCCGGGGCCGGGGGCGGUCUUGUCCCUGGGGCAGAGAGUAGGGCUAGGCUCCGGGCAGAGCCAGAGGCAGCAGGCGAGGGAAGGGAGCUCAGAGACAUUGUCCCCCAGUCCGCCGUCCCCUGCCCCAGCCGAGAAGAAACCGUGGAGUCGCGGACUGUCGUCAGCGAGCGAGUCAGCUGAUCUGUAGGACUAGAACAGGCUGACUGAUCGGCAGACUGAUGGACUGAGUCAGCACCCGGGGAAGAGGAGGGGACUGGGUUGUGAGGAGGUUCAAUGAUUUUACACUGUUUUCGGAUAGAAGUGAAGGUACACAAAGCUGGUCGGACUGUUGCAGCUUCUUGUCUUAUUCUGUCUGAAGACUCUAUAAAGUCCUGGAUCUGAGACCCAGCAUGGAACUGAGGGACCGCUGGAGACGAGACUGGACGGUGUCUUUUUCUAGGAAAAACAAACAAAAAGGAAAACCGAUAAACAAGUGUGUGUGUGUGUGUAAAUAUAAUCAAAAAGGCAGCUGUUGUGUCCCGCUAGUCUCCAUAGGGAGGGGGGGGAGUAGUUUGGAACUAAAAACCAACGCUUAACAACACAUUACUCUGAACGAAUCGUUGCUUCCGGAAUAUAACCUCCUUUUUUAUUUGUAUUUUGAUAGUUUAUUGUUCUGUCUCUGUUACAGCUUUAAACUCUGA